AUGGCGACGCAAACAACCACGACGUCGUCAAAGUUGACGGUAUCAGAGCUCGACCGACCCCUAUACACCGUCGACGAGCUUGUCCGCCGUCGCGCGCUAGAGAUCCCUGAUGCGGUUGCUAUCGGAUACCCCAAGGAGGGACUAUUGGACUUUGAAGAACACAGCUUUCGCGCCAUAGACAGAUAUGUCGAUACGGCGGCACAACGGCUUCAGGAACUGGGCGUGUCUCCGGCAGACCCAGCAUUAGAACAGUCCCCGGUGGUAGGCAUUCUCGCCCAAUCCGGACUUCACGUCGCAAUCACAAUCAUGGCUCUGAACCGUCUGGGUUGCGCGGCAUUUCUCAUCUCAACGCGUCUCGCAAGCCCAGCCAUCGCCCGCCUGUGCGAACUAGCAAACUGCACCUCCAUGUUGACAACGCCAAACUUCCACCCUGUCCUUUCAGAAGUUCAGAAGCAGCGCCAACUCGAGGUUCUGCCACUCAUCCAACACUCGGAUUAUUACGGCAAGGAAGCUCCCCGGUUCACGAGGUCGUACGACCCGGAGAAGGAGAACAAGAAGAUCAUGGCCAUCAUCCACUCAUCCGGCUCAACGGGUCUCCCGAAGCCGAUCUACCUCACGCAUCGCAGUGUCAUCGGUGCCUCCAUGACAAACAUGGGUCUGCGGGCUUUCAUCUGCUCACCUCUAUUCCACAGUCAUGGUUUCUACGAGAUCUUCAGGUCCAUGUACUCCAAGCUGCCGAUUUACAUGGCCAAUUACAACAUUCCCCUGACGAGUCAAAAUCUCAUCAAGAUGCUUGAUUACGUGAAGCCGGGCGUCUUUCACGUGAUACCGUACGUGGUCAAGCUUCUCGCGGCGUCAGAAGAGGGCAUCCAGGCCCUCGCAAACGUGAAGCUGGUGCUCUUCGGCGGCAGUAGUUGUCCAGAUGACCUGGGUGACCUCACCGAGAUCGGCAGAAUCAUGAACUCCGUCCGCCCAGCGGGCGACAAGGGAUGGAACUACAUGCGCCCCCUCGCCGUAGCAAAACCGUACAUCCUCAUGGACGAAAUCUCCCCCGGCAUCUUCGAGUGCGUCUGUCUCGACGGCUGGCCCUCCAAGAGCACCAACAACUCGGACGACCCGCCAAACUCCUUCCGCACCAGGGACCUCUUCACGCGCCAUCCCACGCAGCCGGAUAUGUGGAAGUACAUCAGCCGCCUCGACGACCGGUUCACCCUCAUCAACGGCGAAAAGGUCCUGCCCAUCCCCAUCGAGGGACGCAUCCGCCUGGAGCAGAUCGUCAAGGAGGCCAUCGUCUUUGGAGAGCAGCGGGACUAUCCUGGUGUGCUGAUUGUCAAGGCUGAUAGCGUGGCUGACAUGCCGGACGAGCAGUUUCUUGAGGAAAUUUGGCCUGCUGUUGAGGCUGCCAACGCCCAAGCCGAAUCAUUUUCACGUAUUCCGAAAGAGCUCGUUGUCAUACUGCCGUCUAAUGCCGAGUAUCCCAAAACGGAUAAGGGAACUUUUAUCCGGGUGCCCUUUUACCGAAAGUUUGAGAAGGAGAUCCAGGCCGCGUAUGAUGGGUACGAGAAUGACAAUGACAAGGGCGGUGCACUAUCUCUGGAAGGCGCGGACCUCGAGAACUGGCUUUUCCAACAGCUCAACGAGAAGUCUGAGAAUGCUCUCUCAUCGGUAGAGGCGGACUUUUUCGGCUCCGGUAUCGACAGUUUGCUGUGCAUCCAGACGUGGAGUCUGAUCAAGAGGAAGCUCGAUUUGGGCGGCCGACAAGGGCAGCUCGGCCAGAACGUGCUGUACGAGACUGGCAACAUCAAGCAACUUGCUCGCCACCUUGAGGGACUGAAGAGUGGCAGAGAGGAUGCUGUCAAGGAUGAGUUGGAAAAGAUGGAGGACCUGAUAGCCAAGUACUCCUCUUUCAAGACACAUGUCCCAGGGUCAGCUCCCAAACCUGCAAAGGACCUCGUCCUCGUCACCGGCGUUACCGGUGGUUUGGGAGCACACAUCCUAGCCCAGCUCACGUCCCUCCCAAACAUCGCCCAAGUCUACGCCGCCGUCCGCGCCCCCAACGACGCCGCCGCAGCAACCCGCGUCUCAACCUCUCUCACCUCCCGCGGCAUCACCCUCACACCCGUCCAAGAAGCCAAGAUAGUCCCUCUAUCAGCCGACCUCGGCGCUCCAGACUUCGGACUCGCCCCGUCCCGUCUCGCGGACCUCAAGUCCAACCUCACCCUCGUGAUCCACAGCGCCUGGGCCGUCAACUUCAACAUCCCCGUGCAGAGCUUUGAGGACCAGCACAUCAAGGCAGUCUACAACCUCAUCCAGCUCUGCCAAUCCGUCGACACACCCUCGCCGGCGCGCUUCUUCUUCUGCUCGUCCGUUUCCUCGGCCGGUGGCGCGCCGAGGCCUGGCACGGUGGAGGAAGGCCCUGUGCCGACGCCAAAGAACGCCCAGGGCACCGGAUAUGCUAGGUCCAAGUACGUCUCUGAGCACAUCACGCGGAAUGCGAAUAAGAAUGCCGGCGCGGCUGCGCGAGUGUUAAGGAUUGGGCAGUUGGUUGGAGACAGCAAGGUCGGAGAGUGGAAUACGACAGAGGGAAUCCCGUUGAUGAUUCAGACUGCUGCGACGCUGGGGGCACUACCCAAACUCGAAGAGGAAAUGUCGUGGUUACCCGUCGACUUGGCCGCGGCCAUCAUUCUCGACAUGACAAACGCCGAUAGGGGCAAGUCGGAUGAAGAGACCGCCCGACGAGACUCCGACGCAGAUCUCGUCUACCACGUCCUCAACCCGACCCGCUUCCACUGGACCAAGCAGAUGCUCCCGUCACUGGCCAAGGCUGGUUUGGAAUUCGAGGCGCUGCCAACAGACCAGUGGAUGGAGAGGUUACGCAAAUCAGAAAGAGACCCGAAGAAGAACCCGCCAAUCAAGCUGCUGGACUGGUUCGAGAGCAAGUACGGCAACAAGGCCAGCACCUUCAAGGGCGGGCUGGAAUACUUGACGGAAGAGAGCAAGAAGGACAGCCCGACGCUAAGAAGCUUGCCAGACGUUACGGAUGUGGCGUUUGUUCGCAUGAUGGUCGAUAAGUUAAAGGCUCGCUGGGAAGCCGGAGCAUGA